UCAAUUGCACAUCUUGUGGUAAAUCUUUUAGUCGUAAAGAUAACUUAUUACGUCAUAUGAAGACUGUCUGUAGCAAGUCAAGAUUUUUCAAUCAAAGGGUUGCAAAGUCUACUGUGAAUGAAAAAAAAAGAGAGAUUUUGUAAAGAUUGUAAUGUGCCAGUUUUGUCAAAUAUGUGGGUAGGGCAUUUACGAUCUAACUAUCACAAAAACAAUUCUAAAAUGAUAGAAGAUAAAGGAGUUCAAAUUAUUAAGUCGGCGUUUAAGGAACGAAUAGUGUCAUACAGAAUUAGUACAGAAAAAAAUAUUCUAGAUGUAAAACAAUAUUUUAAAGAAUUAGAAGUCAAAAUUCUGUGUAUACUAGACAACCAACUCAUAAAGCAUACCUGCAUUAAAAUCAGUAUGGAACUUUUUGGUUAUUACUAUAAUCCUACUACUAAUAACCAUGAUGUCAAAUCAUUCAACACACCUUUUAAAGUAGUUUGUAAAAGCACCGAAAUAAAAGAUUUGGUAGAAGAAUUUUUAAUGAUUAUUGACAACAAGGCUGACGUGUUCGCUGAAAAAGAUUCCGGAUGGAUCUUACUUAAUUUUCUUUACUUGGAGAUUAAUAUUAAUAAAUUCAACCCAAUGAGAGCAUCAUCGUUUGUUGAACUUCCUCCUGAGAUAGUACGACGUCAAGCUAUAGUCAACAUUAGAAACAACGAUGACUACUGCUUUGCUUGGUCUAUAGUAGCAGCUCUUUAUCCCCUAACACGUGCCGACUUUGUUACAUCAUCGUAUCCACACUAUUCAACAGUUUUGAACACUGCAGGUAUUGCCUUUCCAAUGUCAUUAACCUUCCAGAAGUCACCCACGCAACUGAUGGAGGAGGCACUUGAAGAUGCGGACUUGGACAACGAUAUCGAAUCCGAUCAGGAAUCGGAUCAGGAGGAAUGUCAGGAGACAGAUAGCGGAACUGAUCAAAAUAUUACAGAUACUGAAGAGGAAGUGCAUUAUUUAGGAAACCUCACAUCUUGGGAAAGAUAA